AAAAUGGAAUUUGAAAAUUAUAGAAUUCAAAAUAUCAUUGAUGAUAUUACUUUACUAAGAAUAGAAUGUGAUUGGGUAAAUGACCAAACUGAAGAAUCAUUUAAAUCAAUUAUCGAAAAAGGUAAAUCUGACUUUUUAUAUCACGAAUUAAUUUGGGCUAUUGGUAAAGAAUUAUCAGUUUAUUUUAAUAUUGAAUGGCCAGCAAAUGAAAAAGUUGAAAAACUAGGGGAAUUUAAUUCAAUAUUAGAAUCAUCAAUAAAUAAAUUACUUAAAGAUAGUGGUUUUGAUAAAACUGAAGAAACUUAUGAAAAUAGAAUAUCAAUGAUCGAAUAUCUCUUUUUACAAUUACAAACACUUCAAUUAGAUUUAUUCGAAAAAUUCGACAAUACAAAAGAAAAAGAAAAAGAAAAAGAAAUGGAUAGUGAAGAAAUGAAAGAUGUUGAAAUUGUUAAUCAAGAAGAUUAUAUCAUUAGCGAAAUUCAAGUAUUAUCAGAUCUAUUCUCUAUAGAAUUUAACAACUAUGAUAAUUUAUCCAAUACAUUAGGCCUAAUUUCUGAUAAGAUCAAAGACACAUUAAAAUUAUUACCAAGUGAUUUUAUUAGCGAACCAUUCUUUAAGAGAACAUCAUUUAAUGAUCAAGAAAAAGAAGAAAUUGAAACAAUGAGUAAAACAAUGUAUCAAGAUUAUAAAAAGAGAAGUAUAGUUUUACAAAAGAGAUUAGAUGUAACUGUCGAAUCAUUAUUAUGGAACGAAAGAGUUGCAGAUAAAUUAAAAGAAAUUAAAAGAAAUGUAAAUUAUUUUAUCCAAUCCUUACCAUCAAUCACUCAUUAUACCUAUUUCGAUUUGAUCAAUGUGCAUAGAGAUCUUUUACAAAUUAAAAGAACUUCCCAACACAGUGUCUCUGCCGCAACUUUAAAUUCAGUUAUCAUUGGAAAAGUACCUGAUCGUGGUGGUAGAACCAAUGAUCGUAAAAUUCCAAUGCCAUCAUUCCACAAACGUGUUGAAUUAUCCUCUUCAAUGGAUGGUCACAAACAUAAUAAAAAAUAUUUUAAAAAAAAAUAA